UCGAGGCUCGGUUUCUCUACCCGGGCCCCAUCUCGUCGCAGCAGGAUGAUCGCCUCGCAUAUGAUCACCUGCUUAUUCACCGAGCUCAACCAAAACCAAGUGCAGAAGGUUGACCAAUAUCUGUACCACAUGCGUCUCUCAGAUGAGACCCUUCUGGAGAUUUCUAGGCGGUUCCGGAAGGAGAUGGAGAAAGGACUAGGAGCCACCACGCACCCUACUGCAGCUGUGAAAAUGCUGCCCACCUUCGUGAGGUCAACUCCGAAUGGGACAGAACAUGGAGAGUUCCUGGCUUUGGACCUUGGAGGAACCAACUUCCGUGUGCUUCGAGUACGGGUGACAGAUAAUGGCCUCCAGAAGGUGGAGAUGGAGAACCAGAUCUAUGCCAUCCCUGAGAACAUCAUGAGGGGCAGUGAAACCCAGCUGUUUGACCACAUUGCCGAGUGCCUGGCCAACUUCAUGGACAAGCUGCAAAUCAAAGCGAAGAAGCUCCCACUGGGCUUCACCUUCUCAUUCCCCUGCCACCAGACGAAACUAGAUGAGAGUUUCUUGAUCUCAUGGACCAAAGGGUUCAAGUCCAGUGGUGUGGAAGGCACAGAUGUGGUGGAUCUGAUCCUGAAGGCUAUCCGGCACAGAGGGGACUUUGACAUUGACAUUGUGGCCAUGGUGAAUGACACAGUUGGGACCAUGAUGACCUGUGGUUAUAAUGAUCAGAACUGUGAGAUUGGUCUGAUUGUGGGUACUGGCAGUUAUGCCUGCUAUGUGGAGGAGAUGCGUCACAUUGACAUGGUAGAGGGUGACGAGGGACGGAUGUGCAUCAACAUGGAGUGGGGAGCCUUUGGGGACGAUGGUACCCUCAAUGACAUCCGCAACAAGUUUGAUCGAGAAAUCGACAUGAGCUCACUGAACCCUGGGAAACAGCUGUUUGAGAAGAUGAUCAGCGGGAUGUACAUGGGGGAGCUGGUCAGGCUCAUCCUGGUGAAGAUGGCUAAGGAAGAGCUGUUAUUUCAGGGGAAGCUCAGCCCAGAACUCCUUACCACUGGCUCUUUCGAAAACAAAGAUGUAUCAGAUAUCGAAGAGGAGAAGGAAGGACUACAGAAGGCCUACCAGGUCCUGGUGCGUCUGGGUCUGAAUCCGUUGCAGGAGGACUGUGUGGCCACACACCGAAUCUGCCAGAUUGUGUCCACGCACUCGGCCAGCCUGUGCGCAGCCACCCUGGCCGCGGUGCUGUGUCGAAUCAAGGAGAACAAGGGCGAGGAGUGUCUUCACUCCACCAUCGGUGUCAAUGGCUCUGUCUACAAGAAACAUCCCCAUUUUGCCAAGCGUCUUCACAAGGCCGUGAGGAGGCUGGUGCCCGACUGUGACGUUCGCUUCCUCCGGUCUGAGGAUGGCAGCAGAAAAGGGGUUGCUAUGGUGACAGCGGUGGCUUACCGGCUGGCUGACCAACACCUGGCCUGCCAGAAGACCCUGGAGUCCCUGAAACUGAGCCACGAGCAGCUGCUGGAAGUCAAAAGGAGGAUGAAGGUAGAAAUGGAGCAAGGUCUGAGCAAGGAGACACAUGCUGUAGCCCCUGUGAAGAUGCUGCCCACUUAUUAUGUGUGUGUCACCCCAGAUGGUACAGAGAAAGGAGACAUUCUGAUCUUGGAUCUUGGAGGAACAAAUUUCCGGGUCCUGCUGGUGCGUUUGCGUAACGGGAAGCAGAGGGGUGUGGAGCAUAGUGGAACUAUGAUGAUGCAUAAGAUCUACUCCAUCCCGCAGGAUGUCAUGCACAGCACUGGGGAAGAGCUCUUUGACCACAUCAUCCAGUGCAUCGCGGGCUUCCUUGAGUACAUGGGCAUGAAGGGCAUGUCUCUGCCGCUGGGUUUCACCUUCUCCUUCCCUUGCCAGCAGAACAGCCUGGACCAGAGCAUCCUCCUCAAGUGGACAAAGGGUUUCAAGGCAUCUGGCUGUGAGGGCAAGAACGUGGUCACCUUGCUCAAAGAGGUGAUUCACCGGCGAGAGGAGUUUGACCUGGAUGUAGUUGCUGUGGUGAAUGACACAGUUGGGACUAUGAUGACUUGUGGCUAUGAAGACCCUAACUGUGAAGUCGGCCUCAUUGUUGGUACUGGAAGCAAUGCCUGCUAUAUGGAAGAGAUGCGAAAUGUGGAGCUGGUAGAUGGAGAGGAGGGACAGAUGCGUGUCAACAUGGAGUGGGGGGCCUUUGGGAACAACGGCUGCCUGGAUGACUUCCGCACAGAGUUUGAUGUUGCUGUGGAUGAGCUCUCUCUCAACCCUGGCAAACAGAGAUUUUAGAAGAUGAUCAGCGGCAUGUACUUGAGCGAGAUUGUGCGCAACAUCCUCAUCGAUUUCACUAAGAGAGGGCUGCUCUUCCGUGACUGCAUCUCCGAGCGCCUCAAGACAAGGGGGAUCUUUGAGACCAAGUUCCUGUCUCAGAUCAAAAGUGAUUGCCUGGCCCUGCUGCAGGUCCGUGCCAUCCUGCGCCACCUGGGGCUGGAGAGCACCUGUGAUGACAGCAUCAUUGUGAAGGAUGUGUGCACCGUGGUCACCCGGCGUGUGGCCCAGCUCUGUGGUGCAGGCAUGGCUGCUGUGGUGGACAAGAUAAGAGAAAACCGAGGACUGGACAGCCUCAAAGUGACAGUGGGUGUGGAUGGGACUCUCUACAAGCUUCAUCCUCACUUUGCCAAAGUCAUGCAUGAGACAGUGAAAGAUCUGGCUCCCAAGUGUGAUAAGUCCUUCCUGGAAUCUGAGGACGGCAGCGGGAAGGGCGCGGCUCUUAUCACUGCGGUGGCCCGCCACAUCCGGGCAGAGUUGGAGCCGGAGACCAGACAGGACUUCUGUUUCAUGGCCACUUCCCCGCUUUAA